UAUGAAAUUAUUUACAAUUUUUUUGGCCAAUUUUAUUUUGGUCAUUUCAGUUUUGGCUGGAACAACAAAAGGGACGACCACAAUAACAACAACAACAGUAACAACAAUAAUAAUAUCAGGAUCAUCAGUAUCAACAACAUCAUCAACAUCGACAACAACAAAAACAACAUCAUCAUCAGCAGAAGCAAAACCAGAAUUAAUAACAGCAACAGGAAAACCAUAUCAUUCACAGUUUAAAAAUGAUGUUUGUAAUAUUACUGAAUGUUUAGCACCGAAUUGUCAAUGUUUACAAGAUGUACCACCAAAUGGAAUGAAUCCAGUUGAUAUACCACAAUUUGUUAUGAUUACAUUUGAUGGCCCGGUUACCGUUACAAAUUUCCCCUAUUAUCAAACAUUAUUUGAUUUUAAAAAUCCAAACAAUUGUUCAAUACAAUCAACAUAUUUUGUAUCUCAUGUUGAUAGUAAUUAUAAACUGAUUCAUGAACUUUAUCGUCGUGGUAAUGAAAUUGGUGUUCAUUCCAUUAGUAAAGCAAUAAAUAAUCAAGAAUAUUGGAAAAAACUUGAUUAUAAAGGAUGGCGACAAGAAAUGGGUGGUCAACGAAAAAUCCUUUCGAAAUAUGCGGAUAUUCCAAUUGAUCAUAUCCGUGGUGUUCGUGCACCAAAUCUUCAAACAGCCAAUAAUGUUACAUUGAAUGCAUUUGUUGAUGAAAAUUUCAAAUAUGAUUGUUCAAAUCCAUCACGUCAAGGAAUUAUAUCACCAUUAUUCCCCUAUACAUUGGAUUAUGGUUUUCAACGUGAAAGGGAUUGUCAGAUUCAAUCAUGUUUGAAAGAAGGUGAAAAUUAUACAGGAUUCUGGGAUGUACCAAUGAACGAUUGGGAUGUUGAAUAUGAAGCUCAAGGAAUGAAAGUUCAUCGUGAAUGUCCUAUGGCUUCGGCAUGUGUAUUGCUAAAAAAUGAUGGUGAAGUUAAUUAUCAUCCAACUUCAGAUGAAAUAUAUGAUCUAUUUGAAUAUAAUUUUGAUCGUUUUUAUAACGGUAACCGGGCACCAUUUCCAUUGUUUUUGAAUGAAGAAUGGAUACAUGAUGAAGUCAAACGUGAUGCAUUAUUACGUUUUAUUCAAAACAAAUUAAACAAACAUGAUGUUUUCUUUGUUUCGAUUGAUGAAGUUUUACAAUGGAUGCAAUCACCAACAAACACAACUGAUUAUAUUGAAAAAACUAAACAAUGUCGACCAAUUGUCGAAACCAAAUGCGGCCUAAAAGAUGGUGAAAAAAUCGUCGAAAAAACACAAUUCAAACAGAAAUGCGAUUAUGAAAAAAUCGAUGAAUUAAAUGGCCAAAGUAAAAGUUUGGUUAUUUGUGAUGAUUUACAUUGCCCGAACAAUUAUCCAUGGGUUAAUCGUUUGGAAUAAAGAGGUGAUUGGGUUUUCAAUCAAUCCUCAUCUUUAUUCAUCAUCAAAAUUUGAAUUUGAAAUAAAUUCUUUUCUAUUUUUUUCCAAAUAAAAAAUAAAUUUUCUAC